GUGGCACUUGGCGACAAAAGUCGUUUUGCACGUUGCUGAGGGGGUGGGAGGAAAGGUGGAGAGAGAACAUAGCGAGCCAAUGGACGCAAGCUCGCCAUAUCGUCAACUGUGGAAACGAGAGGAGGAGUUCCGGCCUCGUCCGUCGAUGGAAAAACAUUCUUCGGCUUGCAAGAGCGUACUUUUCAAAUAUGGCUGAAGCUGACGAGGCGCCGGAACCGGCCCUUUUUAACAAAGUUACGGCCGUGUCUCUCGUCGCUUGCGCCGCACAGCUUGCCGUCGGCUACGUACUGGCGCAGGUGUGGGGCGGAAAGCGCUGCGCAACCGACAGGCUGGUCCUUGUCUGGCUCUUCUACGAUGCUCUUGUCCAUAUUACUCUAGAAGGCCCAUUUGUAUACAUGUCACUCGUAGGGACCGUUGCGACCUCUGAUAACAUAUUCGCCGAGCUGUGGAAAGAAUACGGAAAGGCGGACCAGCGGUGGCUGCAUUCGGACCCGACCAUCGUGUCUGUGGAACUGCUGACGGUCGUCUUGGAUGGCUUCCUAGCGCUGCUUUUGAUCUACGCCAUCGUUAAUGACAAGUACUACAGACACUUUGUCCAAAUCGCCCUGUGUGUGUGCGAGCUCUAUGGAGGCUGGAUGACCUUCAGCCCAGACUGGCUGAUUGGAAGUCCCAGCCUGAACACCAGCAGCUGGCUCUACCUGUGGGUCUACCUGGUCUUCUUCAACAGCGUGUGGGUGCUCGUGCCCGGACUCCUGCUUUGGCAGUCGUGGAGGGAUCUGCGGAAGUCCCAUCACUAUCUGAAAAAGCACGGGUAGAACUGGAGGGUAGCUUGAUGAGCAAGAACAGUAUUAACAGUUGAGGGCGGGGCCUGUGAACAAAGUCAGUUUGGAAUUCAUGACUCAUGUUGCGUGAGGAGCUGAUGUGGGACACAGGACAACUUUCAGAGGAUUUUAACAGUAAGACUGUCUCAUAUGGAAUUUUAUCAUUUACAUUCAAGCUUGGUGAUGCAAUAAGUGAUUGCCUAUGCUUUGAAAAGGGGCUUCUACCCGCUGGGCCAUCUCUCCCUGUCUAAAUCGAUGCCUCGUGUUAUAGAGAAAUUCGUAGGCUAAUUUAAACAACUCUCUUGGAUUAAAGUGGUGAUCAGAUUUGCCGCUUUUCUUUCCUGGGCUGCUUUCUACAAUACUGUUUGUGAUCAAAGUAUUAGCCAGUGAAUGAGUUUGUAUGUGGGACGAACCUGAAGACAGGACAUUAGCUGAACAGACACUUCCAGUUACACCACUACUCCUCAGCGUUCUCGCACGGACACAUUUGAACUGCAUAUCAGUUUUAUGAUGUAAUAACACUGUUUAAUUUCAUGUGUAUAUUACUGGUAGGUUAUUAAUAGGUACAGUCUAAACAUUUGGCUGUUGGAGCAGUAUUUAGUAAUACGAUUUAAUUAAGUAGGCUCAGGUAUUACCUUUUGGAUUUAAAUAAAUCUCACCAUAACGCCUGUUAGGUUUUGUCUCUCAGUAGUUUGCAGUCCUGCCCGUGUGUCCUUCCUGUAUAUUUCCCUUGGUGAACUCUGUUUACACACACAACAAUGAAGCAUUUCCAAUAAACAACCUCACCCAGU